AGCCGUCGUCUCAACCAUGGCUCGGAUCCAUUCCGAUGGCUGCCUUACAAGAGUCCCAGAUUUCCCGGGGCCAGGAGGCGGUGUUCCGGAUCGGGCGCACGGCCACUUGGAGCCUGACGAAGACAUCAUGCCGACAUCCCAGGCUCACAUGCGUCCUGGCCUGCCCCAUGAUCUUGAUGACCGCGCUGCUGGCCAUCACGGUGACCUUCUUCUGGAAGCACUCCUUCGACGAGGGUCUGAUGCGCCAGCAGACGGCAGAUGACGAGAUCAUGACGAACUUCAACGCCUCUUCUACGCUGGUGUUGACCAACAUGGCGCACCACCUACAAGCUGCCUCGGCCAUCACGGUGGUGCAGAGCAUCUCCAAGUUUGCGUCCUGGCCCAAGCUGGUGACGCAGAUCAACGCCAACGCGGCGGAGGAGUUACCUGCUGUCUUGAACUCGGAGGCACUCGAGGAAGUGCUUGAAGACAUGUGGAAGCAGAUGACUACGCUGUUUCCGGACGUGGACUUCGUCUACGCCGCGGACGCCCAGGGCUCCUUUGUGGGCUACGAGCGGCUGCCCUGGGGCUUUGCCAAAGAGCACAACGCGCCCAGCGCCUUUGGGGGCGAGUUCCGACCAUCGGACGGCGUACCUUUGUCGAGUCAAAUCUGUAGCCUGUGCCCGCCCAUGACCGAGCUGCGCCCUGGACAGAAGACCUACUACCUGGUCGACCAGACUGGCAAGUUCGUCAGCACCUACAAGCGCCACGACUACGACCCCCGGAAGCGGCACUGGUACGAGCGCGCCGCCGCCGCACGAGGGCACCUCGUCUGGAUCGACAUCUACAACUUCAGCUCCGGGCACUCUCUGGGAAUGACCGCGGCCAAGGCGGUGGUCGGACUGAACGGCGAGGUCCUGGCGGUGGCGGCCUCCGACUUCACCGUGUCCUACCUGAGCCGAUACAUGGAGGAGGCGUGCGCAGCGGUGGAGCAGGAGGAAGGCUUCAUCCUGGACACGAAGGGUUUGAUGGUGGCCAGUUCCAUGGGCAUCUCACAGGUGGCCUGGGAAACGGAGGGCGGACAAGCUCGCUACCACUGGAGCGAGCUGAACGUCAUGGUGACCGACCCCCUGAGGACGCUGCUGCGUGCCUAUGGCUCCCUGGAGCAGCUGCCGAAGAAUGGCACGAUGACCACGGACGACGGGCGCCUGCUCUUCACCUACAUGGAUCUCACUGAGCCCUUUCAGGCGCAGCUCAGGUGGAUUGUGAUCAUCACCACCCCAGUGAGCACCUACAUGAUGAGCAGCUGGCAGCAGCAAGCCUGGGCGGCCAGCCGCAGCCAGUCCACGCGCCAGCACCUCGAGGAGGACCUGCACCGUCAGGAGGUGAAGACUCUACUCACCUGCGCCGUCUUUGCGCUGGUGGGCGCAUUGCUGAUGACCUGCGUGGGGCUGGUGGUUACCCGGCCUUUGAAGAAGAUCUCCACGGAGAUGCUGACCAUGGCGAAGUUGGAGUUUCUGCCCUCGCAGCUCAGCAAGAAGCCUUCGGAGCGCGGGAGCCGCAAGAGCACCAGGCUGCAGAGCCUGAGCCGCGGGCUGAUGGGCCGCAUCACUCGGACCUUCACGGGUCAGACUGGGGAACCCUUGGAGCACACGGGGCACGGGCAGUACAGCGACGAGACCAGCAGCAGCGGAUCUGAGGACAGCGAGGAGGAGCAGCAAGAAGUGGAAUCCUGCUUCCAGCGGGGCGUACCCAAAGAGGUGGUGAACAUGAGGGAGUCCUUCGGGUACAUGGUCACCGGCCUCAAGUCCUUCGCCAGGUACAUGGAUCCCGAUAUCAUGCACAUCCUGGUGAAGAGCAAGAAGCAGGCCCAACUCGGCAUGGGCCGAGCGGAGGUGACCAUUUUCUUCAGCGACAUCGCCAACUUCACCACCAUCGCGGAGUCCUUGGAGCCCGAAGCCUUCAUGGCCAUGCUCUCCACGUACUUGGAUGAGAUGAGCAAGAUCAUCAUGUCCAAGCGUGGCGUGGUGGGUGAGUUCAUCGGCGAUGCCAUCAUGGCCUGGUGGAACGUGCCGGUUCACCUAGGCCCCGAGCACACGGCCAUGGCGCUGAGCGCCGCCUUGGCGCAGCAGCGGCGCCUCGAGGAGCUGCGCGCGGAGUGGCUGGAGCAGGGCCUCCCCGAGGUGAAUACUCGCAUGGGCCUGGUGAAGGGCGUGGUGCUGGCGGGAAACAUCGGCAGCAGCCAGCGGAUGAAGUACGGCCUGGUGGGCGAUAGCGUGAACUUGGCGUCCCGCUUGGAGGGCCUCUGCAAGUUCUACGGCGUGUCGGUCAUCGUGGAGAACGAGCUGGCCUCGGACUCCUCGGUGAGCGGCAAGUUCCGGCUGCGGCUGCUGGAUCUGGUCACGGUGAAGGGGCGGUCGCAGCCCACGGAGCUCUACGAGCUCGUGGCCGAAGACGCAGAGCUGCCGGGCAGGUUUAGCUCGGCCGAGCAGCUGGAGUACUACCUCGAGGGCUUCCGGGACAUCCACCGGAACUACCGGAACCGGAAGUUCCAGCUGUGCUUUCAGCAGCUGCGACAGUACCAGCACGCCUUCCCAGAGGACCAGCCGUGUCAGAUGCUCUUUCAGCGCGUUGAAGCGCUGAUCGGCGUCCAAGUGGACCCCAACUGGAGCCCCGUGCACGUGCUCAAGGAGAAGUGAGUCUAGCACCGGCCGGAGCAGGAGCUUGCGCAAGCUUGCGCAAUCCGAUCCAGCCAGGAUGAGAGUCUCCCAGUUGCCCAGUGGUGUCC